CCUUCCUUUAAAAUGUCGAAUCCAUCAGCUUCAGAUCUUACCAAAAGCUCCUUUAAGCUAUGACCGUUGAUCAGCUAAAGGGCAAGUGUAAGGCGGAAAGGCUGUGCUGUACCGGCAGGAAGAACGUGUUGUUGAAGCGGUUGUAUAAGCACCAUAAUAUCCAGCCCUCCAACCCAUCAACCCCGCAACCUGACGAAUCCAGCGAAAAAAGAACCAAUCCGGAUCCGGAAACGAUCUCCUCUCUGGCGGAUAAACUGCAUCUGUCUACGACCAGCCGCGAUGAGUUUUUCACUGCCGGAUACAGGAUUGCUGGGGAUUUACUGGAGCUCAGUGACUUGCCCGAUUUCCCGCAAAAUCUGGCCUUCCUAUCCAAUCUGCGUGAUCGCAACAAGGUCAAGCUCCAUAUCCUUCAGCAUAAUCGGAACCGCUCAGUAUCCGCUCGCCGCCCCUCUACCAGCAAUGACCUUCAACAGUUGCUGCGACCGGAUUCACGCUCCUCACGUCGCAAUGGACCAGCUCCACUCGCAAAAGGUCACCUAAGCACAGCACCGAGUGUUAUCGUGGAUGCCCACGUGCCCAUGCCGACUGUUCAGCCCGGAGUACCGGAUGCACGCCACAUCAUUACGCAGCGUCGUAAUAGAGUUGCAGGUUCAAUGAGUUACUACGGCUUGCCCUAUCCUCCGCAUCCAUACCCGCAAAGAAAUUUUCCGCGCGCAGCUUUCGCGGUGGCGCCGCCACAUAUGCCGCCGAGCUGGCCAUUCCCUCCGAUGCACUAA